UUGGAAUCGAAGUUGAGCUCCACAUUGUUCGAAAAUCAAAAUUGGUUGGUUAAAGUCAAGUAAAGUAAUUUACAUUCUUACUAAGUGAGGAGACUGAGAUCUAGUGGUCGGUAGUAAUGGCUGGUUCAAAAGAAGACACGCGGGAACAAUUUCGAGCAGAAGUUCAAGAGUGUGUCAAAAGUGGUGGGGACAUUAACAGUAAAUAUGAAGGGAAUAAAACAUUUCUCUUGCGUGCCUUUGAGUUUAAACCAGUAGAUGAAGAAAUCGUCAAAUAUUUAGUUGAAAACGGGGCCGAUCUGAAUUACAGAACUAAUGUUGGCUGCACAGUUCUACAAAGUGCGGUAGAGUCAAAUUUAGUUGAUAUGGUGAUGUAUUUAGUUGAUCAUGAUGCGGAUGUAAAUUGUAUGAAUCGUUUAGGCCUUCCAGUUCUUCACAGCGCUGUAAAACGUGGGUCACUCGAUAUAGUGAAGUGCUUGAUAAAGAACGGCGCUGAUGUGAAUAUUGCUGAUCGCCACGGCAAUACAGUUUUUCACAAGGCUGUAUAUUUCCAGUCAUUAGAUAUUCUAAGAUAUCUUGUUAAGGACGGAGUUGAUGUGAAUUGGGAAAUUGUCGCUCCUCUUGUUUUUUCGUUUUCCGUGAAAUCUGGUUCGCACGACAUUUUGGAGAGCUUAUUCGAAAGAGGGGACAAUAUAAACUUCAAGGAUAACGAAGGUUGCUCAUUCCUCCACACGGCUGUAAACAACGGCUUGCUAGAUAUCGUCAAUAGUUUAGUGGAACAUGGUGCUGACUUGAAUAGCAAAGAUAACAGCGGAGACUCUAUUCUGCACAGUGCUGUUAAACAUUACCUACUACACUUAAAAAAUUCGGCUGAUAAUAAAGCUGAUGUGGAUGGCAAAGGGAAUGAAGAUGUUUUACAGUCUCGAUUAUUUGGCAUCGUGAAUUGUUUGGUUGAACACAACGCUGAAAUCGACCAAACAAAUAGCGAGUUUGGCUCGACACCACUUCAUAUUGCAGCGCAAUUUAAGUCACUAGAAGUUGUCAAGUAUUUAAUUCAAAAUGGAGCCAAUAUUAAGUGCAAAAAUUAUAAAGGUAGAUCCGUUCUUCAUUGUGCCGUGCAGUCUGAUUCUUUGGAGAUUGUGAAAUAUUUAGUUGAAAAACGUAAUGCUGUAAUAAAUGACAAAGAUAUGAAUGGCGAGUCUGUUCUUCACUAUGCUGUAGAAAAGUCAUUUCCAAUUCUCAAAUAUUUGGUUGAACAUGGAGCUGAUGUAAACUGUAAAGCUGAUGGUGGCAAACGAGUUCUUGAUAUUGCUAUUGAAUCUUUCUUGCCGGACAUUGUGAAGUAUUUAUUACAAAACGGGGCGAAUCCAAAUGAUGAAGAUGGAAGAUCAUUUCUUCAUUUUGCAGUAAACUCUGAAAGUGACAUGAUUGUCAAGCAUCUUGUUGAACAUGGGGUUGAUAUCAAUAAACAGGACGAUAGUGGCAAGUCGGCACUUUUUCUCGCUCUGAAAAAUGGAUCCCUAGAUACUGCAAAGUAUUUAGUUGAAAAUGGCGCUAAUCCAAAUUGUAAAAUUGAUUCUCGGGUAACUCUUCUUCAGCUUGCUUUAUAUUCCUAUGGACCAGACCUUGUGAGGUAUUUAGUUGAACAUGGCGCAGAUGUUGAUGAAAAAUGUAAGGAUGGAGAGACGCUCCUGAACGUUGCUUUUACAUCCGGUUCACGAGAAAUGUUAAAGUGUUUGAUUGAAGACUGUCGGGCUAAUAUUAAUGCACACGGUUUUUUAGGCAAAACAGUUUUACAUGUGGCGAUAGAUACUUCUAGUUCAACCCUGGAUAUUAUUGAAUACUUAACUGAACAUGGAGCAGAUCCAAAUAAUACCAAUGAUCUUGGACAGACUGCACUACAUUGUGCUAUGAGGGGGCGUUCUUUAGAUUUUGCCAAGCAUUUAGUUGAGAACUGCCAUGUAAAUGUAAAUGCUGAAGAUAUUUACGGGAACAUAGCUCUUCACGAUGCUGAAUCGUUAGAUAAAGUUGAAUAUUUGAUUGAACACGGGGCUGAUAUAAACAAGAAAAGUAAGCACGAUAGAACAGUUCUAGUAAGUCAUGCCUGGCGUCAUAGAUUUGAUGUGGUGAAAUAUUUAGUCGAGCGUGGGGCAGAUUUGAACCAGUCUGGUCUUGCCGACACAACAGUUCUAUCGACCGUUGUAGGACAACGUGAAUUAGAGUUGGUUAAAUAUUUAGUUCAACAUGGGGCCGAUAUAAAUCAUAUCGAUAGUCAUGGCCAGACUAUCGUGCAUGAAGCUGCGAUAUCAGAUUCACUAGAUAUUGUGAAAUAUUUAGUUGAAGAAUGUGGUGUUAUUGUAAGUACUGACGACGAACGGGAGAUAGAGAUUUUAAACAGAGUUCUUUCGGUGGACAUGAUGGCUUAUCUGCUUGAACAUGGUGUCGAUGUAAACAAGGAGAAUAGCGACGGCGAGACACUUCUUUUCGAUUAUUCUAAAAAUAAUUAUUUAGAAAUGGUGAGAUGUUUGGUCGAACACGGAGCUGACGUGGAUCACAUUAAUGCACGGGGCAGGACAGCUCUGCAUUAUGCUACGAUCUUCAAUCAUCUGAAUAUUGUGACAUAUUUGGUUGAAAAUUGCCAUGCUAAUGUGAAUAGUGAAGAUGUUUACGGCUGCACGGUAUUGCACGGGGCUGCAAAAUCUCGUUUACUGACAAUGGUACAAUACUUAGUCAAUCAUGGUGCUAAUGUUCACGCUGUGAGCAACGAUGGCAACACUGUUCUACACAGUGCUGCAGAAGCUUCCUCAUUCGGCGUUGUUGAGUAUUCACUGCAUAAAUAUGGGAAGAAAGCAGGCAUAUCACCCCAAGACAUACGUCAUACCUAUCGAAACGCCCAAGUAAGCAAUAUUUCCUUAAGUAUUGUUGAGUAUUUGGUUGAGCAUUGCGACGCAGAUGUAAAUAGUCGCAAUUUCAAUGGGCAAACAGUUCUUCAUGUGGCCACAAAAUCCGGUGCACAAGAUGUUGUGGAAUUUUUAGUGAUACAUGGUGCUCAGGUCUGUGAUAAAGAUUUAAAUGGUGACACAGCUAUACAUUAUGCUGUACGUUUAAGUGCAGAAGACAUUAAGAACAUUUUAGUUGAGCGUGGUUAUAUAGGAAACACAUACACUACUUUCCAUAACCUUGCUGAAACGAGUCUCCAAGUUGUGAAUGAGUAUAGUCUUCGCGAACCGCAUGUUAUAACCGAAGAGGAUAAUUACACCGCGGCACCUGUCUUCAAAAUGAUGAAAUUUAAUGCGCUUGACAUUGGAAAGUUUUUAAUCGAGCAGGCAGCUCCUGUCGAUCAGGCCAAUUUUGGAAGUAAUGCAGUCUUACAUUGUGCUGUGAGCUCAGGUUCACGAGAUAUUGUUGAAUAUCUGAUUGAAGGUUUUCAUGCUGAUGUGAAUGCUGAAGAUGACAAUGGCUGCAAAGUUUUGCAUAAAGCUGUAAAAUCUCAUUCAUUGGACAUUGUGCAAUACCUAAUUAAACAUGGAGCCAAUGCUGAUUAUGUCAAUAGUGCAGGCAGGACAGUUCUACACUACGCUGUAACAUCAGAUUCACUAGAUAUUAUUAAAUAUUUAGUGGAAGGCUUUUGCUCUGAUGUGAAUGCGGAAAAUACUAACGGUUGCACCAUUUUGCACGAAGCGGCAAAAUCAUCUUCGUUAGAGGUUGUGCAAUUCCUCAUUGAACAUGGGGCGAAUGUGAACUGUAUCGAUCAUCAAGGUAGGACAGUUCUUCAUUAUGCUGUGACCAGGCGUUCACUGGAUACUGUCAAAUACUUGGUUGAAAACUGUCAGGCUGAUGUAAAUGCUAAAGAUGUAAACGGCUGCUCUAUUUUACACGAAACCCGUUCAGUGGACACAAUGAAAUAUUUACUUCAACACACGCCUGAUGUAAACUGUGUUGAUAGCAAAGCCAGAACAAUACUUCAUUAUGCUGCCAUUUCAAGUUCACUAGAUGUCGUUAAAUAUUUAGUUGAAGAUUGUCAAGCCAACGUGAACGCUGAAGAUCUAAAUCAAUGUUCAGUUUUACAUGCUGCUGUACAUUCUCGUUCACUAGAAGGAGUAAAGUAUUUAGUGGAUCACGGUGUUGAUGUCAAUGCUAUGAAUAUCAGCGGUUGCACAGUUCUACACAGUGCUGUCAAGUCGCGUUCUCUAGAUAUAUUUGACUAUUUGCUUAGACAUGGUGCUGAUGUCAAUCGUAUGGGUAAUUCCAGGUGGUCAAUACUUCACAGCGCUGUUAAAGCUAGUUCAUAUUCCUGUGUAAAACGUUUGAUUCGUCUUGGAACGAAUGUCAAUGGUGAAGAUAUUUACGGCCUGACAGUUCUCCGCACUGCUGAGAGGUUUGGUUCGAGAAAAAUUGUCGAAUAUUUAAUUAAUCAUGGGGCUGCAUGAACCUAUAGACGUGCAUGAAGCUGGAGUGCCACACAAAUGUGUGACCUUGUUUUUUUUUUUGAAAGGAAUUAUUUUAGUACGAUGUUCAGUUACAUCUUUAGUGUUAUGUUCAGUUACAUUUAGUACCAUCGAAUGUAAGCCAGUAGUAAUAUGGCUUUCGUUAAUCUUAACAAUUAGAUUAGAGAACUGUAUUGUUAUUCAAAUAACUGUCUAUUUACAGGGUGUUUCAAAAAAAAGGUAAUCCAACUUCAACACGCUAUUGAACGUGAACUACUCAG